GUUAUUAUUCAAAAAAUGAAUCAAAUUAUAUAUGUCCAUAAUAAAUCCAAAAUCUAAGGAGUGUCGCUAUAAAUUACUCAAAAUAAAAAAAGAAAAAAAGGGCAAAAGCUUUGGACUUUUAAACACUGGUAGAGAAGAGAAGAAAGAGUAGGUACUAGGUAGGUCAAAAAGCAUAUGAUAUAGCAACUGGCAAUCAAUCAUACGUGGAGUGCCUCAAACUACUUGUACCUACUUACAUCCUUCCCUCCUCUUCAGGGUUUGUUUUGUGUUCUAGCUGUAAAUGCAAUUUUAUUUAAAAAAAAAAAAAUAAUAAACUGUGGCAUUAGGUACACCUCCUCUAUUUCUAAACAUUUAGAGAUCCUCAUUUCUUCCGAGACCGGGUCUCUUGCUGCGCAUUUUCCACCAUACAAUCAACAAAAAAAGAAAAAAAAAAAUUCAAAUAAUAAAAAGAAAAAAAAAAAAAAAAAAACCAACUUAAUUACAAUAAAACAAAAAAAGUGUCUAAAUAAUUCCUCCCCUUUUCUGCAAAAUUUCUGGUCAUAUCCCACGCCCCUGUUUCUCUCACUCUUUCUCAUGUCAUCAUGUCAUUCCAUCUCUCUCUAACCGAAAGAGAGAGAAAACAAAAAAACAACAAAAAGAGAGAAGAUUGUUGUUUCUUGGGAGCCACACCUCUCACCAUCUCCUGUGUGUAGGCAUGUUGGUUUCCCCACCUUUGACACAAUCAACAACAUCUCUCUCUCUCUCUCUCUCUUGCCUUGUAUUCUUUUCUUGUAGUAUUAUUGAAUCUAAAUUUCACAUUGGUCCUACUUGAAUUACAUACAUAAUUACAAUCUCAUUUGACUUUCUUUUCUUUUCUUAUAAUAAUAUACAUUGUAAACAGGAGGUACCCAAGAAUUUUCCUGGAAAAUUCCCAUGCAUGGUCUUUGACAUUCAUUCCCCCACAUACCCUUUUCAUUUUCUAUCUUCACAACAUUUUUGUAGAUACAAAAGCUAGAAUAUAUUGAGCCAAAGGCUUGAGAAAAGUCACAUAUUUUUAUUUUUUUGAAAUGGGAGACAUUACAUCUCCGGAGAAGAAAACAGGUUGUGGCCUUUUGGAUGCCUUUUUCGGGCGCAAACCAAGAAGAACAACCUCCACAAAUUCAAUUCCCACGGUGACCACCAAUGGCAGCAAAGAUGUCAUGACCAGGAUUCCGAGCACUCCCAAUUCGAAGAGGAGGCGUGGCGGCUCUGACGAGGCUGCCUUCCUCGACUUGAAUGGCGCUUCAUCGGAGCAAUCACAGAAGCCAGUUGAAAACCCUAAUGGCAGCAGACCUUCAGGCCGGAGCAAUACAAAGGCCGCGGCCGCCCCCCCACCGCCUGUGCACCACCAACACCAACACCAUCCUCCUCCUCCUCCUCCUGUGCAUCACCAAAAUAGAAAAGCUCCCGAGGAAGCAAUUAUGGUUAGAAGUGUGCCUCCUAAGAAUAAUAACCAUGGUGGCUAUGGCCAAGGAAAGAAAUUACCAUUUGGUGCAACAGGCAUUUCCGGCGAGCUUGAGAGCAUGAUCGCGGAUCACCAGCGAUCAAAAGGACCCGGUGGGCUUGUCCGGGCUUCGUCAAGCAAUGUGAUGCUGAUGGGAAAUUUAGGUAACUUGAGGCAUCCAGAUGGCAAUGGUAGUGGCAAUGCAAAUUUGAAUAAUGUUGUUGAUUACCAACCCAAAGCUGCACCAAAAGAAGAGAGCUCGGGGCCUAAUGGUAAAUACCCAACUAGUGUGAUGGGCAAUGUAGUGAAGAAAACCCCUGAAGUGUCCUCAAAAGCAGCCCCACCAGCCUCCCUAUGCCGGGCUCUCUCGACUCGAAUGGAUCCGGAGACAUUGAAGAUUAUGGGCAAUGAGGAUUACAAGAGUGGGAGGUUUGAAGAGGCCUUGGCUUUGUAUGAUGCUGCUAUAUCUAUUGACCCUAAUAAGGCCUCGUACCGGAGCAACAAAAGCGCGGCACUAACUGCACUCGGGAGGCUUCUUGAGGCUGUUUUGGAGUGCAGAGAAGCCAUUAGGAUUGAACCCUAUUAUCAAAGAGCUCAUAACCGUUUGGCAACCCUAUACCUCAGAUUAGGAGAAACAGAAAAGGCCAUAUAUCACUACAAACAUGCAGGUGCUGAAGCUGAUCCUGAAGUGAUUUCCAAAGCUAAAAAAGUCCAGUUCCAUCUCAGCAAGUGCACGGAGGCGAAGAAGCUACGAGACUGGAAUGCUUUGCUAAAAGAAGCAAGCAAUGCCAUAUCGGCCGGGGCUGAUUCAGCACCACUGAUAUAUGCUUUGCAAGCUGAGGCCCUUUUGAGGCUGCAUAGACACCAAGAUGCUGAUGAAACAUUGACAAAAGGCCCCAAUUUCGAUCCUGAAGAUUGUACUAAGUUCUUUGGCCCUAUUGGUAGUGCUAGUCUGUUGGUGAUUAGGGCACAAGUUGACAUGGCCGCGGGAAGAUUCGAUAUCGCUGUCGCGGCUGCUCAACGGGCAACUCGGCUUGACGGGAACAACAAGGAGGCGAACAUGGUGUUCCGGCGGACACGAGCGGUGGCGGGAGCUCGAUCAAAAGGUAACGAUCUCUUCAAGGCAUCGAAAUACUCAGAGGCAUGUGGUGCAUAUGGAGAGGGUCUCGACCAUGACUCGUACAACUCGGUCUUGUUGUGCAACCGAGCUGCUUGUCUGUCCAAACUCGGCGAAAUCCACAAGGCCAUUGAGGACUGCAAUGCUGCGCUUAAUGUACGCCCAUCCUACAGCAAGGCUAGACUAAGAAGAGCCGAUUGUAAUGCCAAGUUGGAAAAGUGGGAGGCAUGUAUACGAGACUAUGAGGUGUUGAGAAGAGAAACACCAGAUGACGAGGAGGUGGGCCGCGCCUUGAAGGAGGCCCAAACCCAGCUCAAUAGACAGCGAGGAGGAGGAGGAGACGACGUGAAGGACAUGAAGGUUGGUGGUGCUGCUCAUGAAGUGGUCCUCAUUUCAAGCGAAGAAAGUUUCAUGGACUACCUAAAUUCGCCUGGUAUAUCAGUUGUCCUAUUUUCUAGCAAGCCACACGACAAACAAACGUUGCAUUUCAUGGAGCAACUCUGCAAGAGAUACCAUUCCAUCAACUUCUUAAAGGUGGAGGUCGAAGAUCAUCCUUCCUUAGCAGAAGCAGAGGAGGUGAGCUCAUUUCCGGCUUUCAACAUAUACAAGAAUGGGUCAAGAGAAAAAGAAAUCGCAGGGGACAAACAUGAUUUGUUAGAGAGAUCAAUAAAAUCGUAUGCCACUUAGAACAAUGGAAGGGGUUUCUGAGUUUGUCAUCCACAAACCUACUGUGCCACAAGGACCAGGCAUGAAGGACAAGAGACUGAAGUCUUUUUUUUGAUGCAGAAAUGGAAGAAGAUAAAAGAGGCUUCAUAGGGAAUUGAAGGUUAUUUUGGUCAGUUUAAUUUGCUGGCACAGCCCUUAAUUGUUGUAGCACUAAGGAAAACUCAUGAUUGAACUAAGCAGCAAAAGUUUUUAACAUUAGAGAGGAAUCAAGGAGGACUAUACACGUUUGAAUGUAAUUAAUGUAGUUUGAGGUACUUGGCUCAAUUUAUUCAUUCAAUCCAUUGUUACUCCAAGCCCAUUUGUUUAUAAAUAAUGAUAGGAAAUUUGAU